AUGACGACUAGAAGCCCUACCCACGCAGGAUCAUGGUACUCCAACAACGCUUCGAUCUUAGCCGCCCAGCUCGAGAAUUGGAUGAGCCGAGUGCCAAAUGAAAUCGAAGGCGUGGGGACCUUACCGGUUACUGGAGCCAGGGUGAUAAUUGCUCCCCAUGCAGGAUACACCUUUUCAGGAGCCUGUGCUGCCUACGCCUACAAGUGUCUCGAUCUAUCUAAGGCGAAACGCAUCUUUCUUAUCGGGCCUUCUCACCACCACCCAUUCUCCAAAAUUGCUCUCCCAGAGCUAUCUGCUUACGCUACCCCGCUCUCUCCAGAUCCCCUCCCCAUCGAUACAGACAUAGUUACCCAGCUGCUGGCGGGGACGAAAAAUGAUCCUGUUCGCUUUACGACAAUGAACCAGGCAAUCGAUGAAGCUGAGCACAGUCUGGAGCUUCACCUCCCAUACAUCCACUACCUCCUCCAACGCCUUUAUCCUAAUAAACCAGCGGCUUCUUACCCAAAACUUGUACCAAUGUUGGUUGGAAGUACGUCUGCGAAUUCAGAACAGGCAUUUGGGAAGGUGUUAGCUCCGUACCUGGCCAACCCAGAGAACGCUUUCGUUGUCUCUUCCGAUUUCUGUCACUGGGGAAUGCGGUUUGCAUAUACAUACUAUCUCUCGAAUGGACCUGCUCCACAGCUCGGCUUUCCUUUAUCGUUUGAUGCUUUACCUCAGCCGUGUAACGUAUUGCAACGUAACAACGCGAGAGUAGAAAUUGCAUCCGCCGAUGGUGGCCGCAGCUUGCGUGCGGGUAAUGACUUCCCAGAGACAGGCGACAAUCUCGCUAUACAUGAAAGUAUCUCAGUCUGCGAUAUUGCCUGCAUGGCGGCCAUCGCUUCGAGUCAUUCCCGGGUAUUUCUUGACGCCAUCCAAACAACGGGAAAUACAAUCUGUGGAAGACAUCCCAUUGCAGUCAUCAUGGCGGCGAUCGAGUUCGCUUUAGGCACAGCCAAAGAGAAUAACACAGAUCCCAUGAUGAAGCCUGAAGAUCAGACUCCGACUGAUUUAUACCCAGGAUCGUUCUAUUUCACACGAUAUGAGAGGAGCUCACACUGCCAAGUGAUGUGGGAUAGCUCCGUUAGCUACGUCUCUGCUUUUGCGGUUUUGUGA